AUGGAAUGUCAGUUAUUUCAGAUUUUUUAGAACAAUAUUAUCUAGAUAAUGCAGAAAUUAUUUAUAUACAAAUACUUCAAUACAAAUCACAAACUGGUCUAUUUCAAAAUCAACUUGCUUGGAGAACUAUAAAAAAUAUUGAUUCAAUUAC